ACUCUGUGGUCUUAUUUCUGGUGUAGGAAUCAUGCCAGUGACAGGUUUUGUUUGUUUGUUUGAACUGUGCUCCAGAGGGUUUUCGGUGGCCGAUUUUCUGGAAGUAGAUUGCCAGGUCUUUCUUCUGAGAGUCUUAAUUUAGUCAUCUUUGGGUGGAAAUAAAAAUAGUAAAUACCUCAUGGGGUUAUUGCGAGGAUUAAAUAAAGCAAAAUGUGUAUUUGGCUAAGUGUCCCAUUGUAAAUAUUCCAUGAAUGGCAGGGAUUGUCAGUUAAUUUUUUAUACUUGCUUGGUUUUAAAACAGGAUUUGGAGAUGCUACUGCAAUGUGUGCCAAAAUAUUAGAUUAAAUAAGUGAAUGAGAAAACGAGGGUCCACAGGGACAUCACAUCAUCCCAGAGAAUCGUAAAGAGUUUAGCUUUCUUGUACCAGAUACCCACUUGACCAUCCAUUCGUUUGUUCAUUUGCUUGUUCAGCACUUGACUUUGAGCAGCUCUUUGGCAUGACAGCAUCUUCAGAGAAAGACCUUGCUUGUGCCUCAGCCUGGUAGAAGAACCCAGAGAAUUCCAACUACAACCCAGUGUGACAGGAACUGAGAGAGAGAAAUGGAGAAGGGUGGGUGUCCCGUGGCUUGUCUGGGGAGGCCACCUGGAUUAGUUCUCGUGUCCAAUGCCCUGGUGGCACGAUGGUUAAGCACUCCACUGCCAACCCAAAGGAGGGCAGUUCACACCCAGCAGCAGUUCCACGGGAGAAAAGACAUGGCAAUCUUCUCCCGUAAAGGGUCUAACCUAGAGAGCCCCUUGGGGCAGUUCCACUCUCAUGUAGGGUCACUAUGAGUUGCACUCGUCUCAUCGGCACACAGCAACCACAACAGGAUCAACAAGCUUUGCAGUUACCCCUCCACCCUGACCAUGUGUCUGCUCUGUGUUUGCUUUAGCAGCCUCCUUGGGGCCAAUGUGAUAAAGCAGGAAGAUGGCCAAGAUCAACACUCAAUACUCCCAUCCCUCCCAGGCCCAGCUGGCAAUAAGGAUCACGGACAGAGAUAGCCACCAUGUUGAAAAUGGCAUCACCAGCACCCUCUCGCCGUGUGAGGAGACAACGUCAGAACCGCAGCAAGGGAUUGCCAUGGAGACCAGAGGACGGACCGCAUCCCUGCAAAGUUCUUUCACCAGCCGGCAGCCCGCCAGGUGGUCACGACUCAUCAUCUGGAUGCGAGCUUGGGCGGCCAGGAAUUUACACCACGAGGACCGGAGGCCCGACUCUUUCCUGGACCGUUUCCACGGGGCUGAGCUCAAGGAGGUGUCCAGCCAAGAAAGCACCACGCAGCCCAGCCUGGGCAGCCAGGAGCCGCUGGGCAGAGAGAGAAGUGUCUGGCCCCUGGCCAGAAGCAAUGUCAACACCUGCAACAACUCGGAGAAGGAAAAGAAGAAGGAGGCCAUGGUGGUGGACCCCUCCAGCACCCUGUACUACCACUGGCUGACUGUCAUUGCUCUGCCGGUCUUCUACAACUGGUGUCUGCUGGUUUGCAGGGCCUGUUUUGAUGAGCUUCAGUCCGAGCAUCUGAUGAUGUGGCUGGUCCUGGACUACUCAGCAGAUGUCCUCUAUGGCCUGGAUGUGCUGGUGAGAGCUCGCACAGGCUUUCUUGAGCAAGGCUUAAUGGUCAGGGAUGCCGAGAGGCUGUGGAAGCAUUACAUGAAGACCAUUCACUUCAAGCUGGACCUGUUGUCUCUGGUCCCCACGGACCUGGCUUAUUUAAAGCUGGGCAUGAACUACCCAGAACUGAGGUUCAAUCGCCUGUUGAAGUUUGCCCGGCUCUUUGAGUUCUUUGACCGCACGGAGACGAGGACCAACUACCCCAACUUGUUCAGGAUCGGGAACCUGGUCUUGUACAUCCUCACCAUCAUCCAUUGGAAUGCCUGCAUCUACUUUGCCAUUUCCAAGUUCAUUGGUUUUGGGACAGACUCCUGGGUCUACCCAAACAUCUCGAACCCAGAGUAUGGGCGGCUCUCCAGGAAGUACAUUUACAGCCUCUACUGGUCCACCUUGACCCUGACCACCAUCGGUGAGACCCCAGCCCCCGUCAAAGAUGAGGAGUAUCUCUUUGUGGUCAUAGACUUCCUGGUGGGCGUCCUGAUUUUUGCCACCAUUGUGGGCAAUGUGGGCUCCAUGAUCUCUAACAUGAACGCUUCUCGGGCAGAGUUCCAGGCCAAGAUUGACUCUAUCAAGCAGUACAUGCAGUUCCGCAAGGUGACCAAGGACUUGGAGACGCGGGUUAUCCGGUGGUUCGACUACCUGUGGGCCAACAGGAAGACGGUGGAUGAGAAGGAGGUGCUCAAGAACCUCCCAGACAAGCUGAAGGCUGAGAUUGCCAUCAAUGUGCACCUGGACACUCUGAAGAAGGUGCGCAUCUUCCAGGACUGCGAGGCGGGGCUGCUGGUGGAGCUGGUGCUGAAGCUGCGGCCCGCUGUGUUCAGCCCUGGGGAUUACAUCUGCAAGAAGGGGGACAUCGGGAGAGAGAUGUACAUCAUCAAGGAGGGCAAGCUGGCUGUGGUGGCUGAUGAUGGGCUCACCCAGUUCGUGGUCCUAAGUGACGGGAGCUACUUUGGGGAGAUCAGCAUAUUAAACAUCAAGGGCAGCAAGUCGGGGAACCGGAGGACAGCCAACAUCAGGAGCAUUGGUUACUCAGACCUUUUCUGCCUCUCGAAGGAUGACCUGAUGGAGGCCCUGACCGAAUACCCUGAAGCCAAGAAGGCCCUGGAGGAGAAGGGACGGCAGAUCCUGAUGAAGGACAAUCUAAUCGAUGAGGACCUGGUCAAGGCUGGGGCAGACCCCAAGGACAUUGAAGAGAAGGUAGAGUACCUAGAGUCCUCCCUGGACACCCUACAGACGAGGUUUGCACGGCUUCUAGCCGAGUACAAUGCCACUCAGAUGAAGGUGAAGCAGCGUCUCAGCCAGCUGGAGAGCCAGGUGAAGACCUUUGGGAGCAGCUUCCUAUCUGAUGGGGAGGUUCCCGGGGAUGCCACAAAAACAGAGGACAAACAACAGUGAGAACGCAGGCAUCUAUCUCCUGCUUCACAUCGCCAGCUGUCAGUGUGAGCGCCAUGUGGCCACACCACAUAGCACUGGACUUGGCUGGGGUUUCAUUCCAGCUCUAACCGCUCUUAGCAAGCUGUGUGGCCUCAGGAAUGGGACUCAUUAUGUUGGGCCCAGCUGGAGCCACAUUUUCUCAAGGCACACAUGAACCACUUCUUGAGGCUGGCUUUGUAAAUUGUGAAGUAUCCCCAAUCCGAGUGUGUGAAUGUGUGCACACAGAACUCCAAUUAGUUCUUUUAUGGAACUCAUGAGAAGUUUUUAGACUUUUUAACUUCCGUUAAGUAAUACUUUCUUGCUAAUGGAAAAUUACUUAGUCCUCACUCCUUCUUCCACCUUCUGAAAAUGAAGAUAUAAAAGGAAGUUGAAAGUGCAAUGUAGUAACUCAAUGUUAGCCUUACACAAGAUGGUUUGAGGAUGUAUUUCUGAAUCUCAUAUCUCCCUGGGGCCCUAGAAACCCUGGCCUUUGGUACUUCCCUGGCAGAAGUUCUCUGGGGUGAAGAAAAGUCAUCCCAUCCAAGAUCACUCACAGCAUUCGGCCCCUGUGAAACCAGAAUCUGUUUCACAGAAAAGGGAAUCUCAGGAAAGAGACAUCUCCUCUUUCUCACUUGCCAGAGGGAUUCAAAGACAGCCUAUAUCCUCUGCCCUUGGGUCAGGGCACUGGGGUAACCCAUUCUGGCUCCAGGAGGAGGGCUGUGUUUAGGGGAGAGCCUUUUGGGUUGGAGGUUGGAGUUGUGUCCUAAGCCAAACAAAGCUGACAAGAAAGACCUUUAGAAGAUGAGACCCUCAAGCCAUAUCUUUGCAAACUGCCCCUUUACCCACUGAAAAGGAAGCCUCACUCCUUCUUGGAAUUACAUUCUGAGGCAAAGCUCUUAGCUAGCUGAAAGCUUGCAGGUUGCAGAACCUAGUUUUUUCUUUUUUCAUCCAGUAAAUAGAACUCUAUUAACAUUUUAAAAGAUUUAUAUAUUGUGAAUUAUGACCUCAAUGUUCCAAUCCUUCACUCAUAUAGACUUUGCAGUUACACAAAAAAUGCAUCAUUUGCCUAGUGCAAAUAAGCCUUGUGUACAGGUUUUUUUUCUUUCUUUUUUCCCUUCUCCCUUCCUCCUCUCCUUCCCUCCCUUCUUUUCUUAUUUCUUCUCCUCUUUCUCUUUCUUCUUUCCAUCAGACAAAAUGCCCCACUUCGCUUUGACAAGUUUGAAAUCUUUGUGGUCUUGUGUUAUAAUCCAUAUUCUAUAUAACUGGGCCCUAAUGUAGUUCAUACAAAAGGAGCUGCAUUUUCAAGCAUGUAUUUUGGACUUAUAUGGGUCUCUUCUGGUUUUUAUCAUGAAUCAUUUGACCAUUUUUAACUUUGUUUUUAAUGAAUCUUAAAAGGUUUAUAAAGGUAAGGUGUGAUCCAAGCUCAUAUCAUUAACAAAAUAUAACCAGCAAUAUUUUCUCAAAGCAUGUGUAUUUUAAAAGCCUUAACUAUUCAUUAUGCCUACAUUCAUAUUUGCACAGGAAAAAUAAAGUCCUGGGUUUAAAAAAUGUUAAAUGACUCCUGCCUCAGAUCUUUUCACAAGGGAAGAUUCAGUCUCAGGGUAGCUUUCUAGGGCAACAAGCCUGGAUUCCCUAGAAAGAACGGGUGCUGAUGAACAGAGGAUGGCACAUGGUCAAAGUGAGGGAAUGUGAAUAUGCACAGCCAGAACCAAUGAGGAAAUGCUACCAAACUUGCAACAUUUGUCAGAGUAAAUAGUCAAAACAUUCAAAUAUGUUAAGUAGUGUGUCCCAUCCAGGAUGAUCGAUUUGCUGACAUAGUUCGUCCAGGGUUACCAUAGGGUGUGGUCAGGCAUGAGCAGGCAGGAAACUGGGGGACAGCCUGGCUAAGAAUAUCCUCACCUCCUUCCACUACUGAUGCGCAAGGAAUAAAUUAGAGUGUGGGAUCUAGAUUCAGACCUGCUCUUGUUCAAGGCACAACCCUGCACCUGCUACUCAGGUAAGGUAUUUUUCCUCUCUAGGCCUUAUUUUCCUCACCUGAAAAAUGGGAAUGAUAUUGCCUACCUCACAGAGUUGUUGCAAAUAAACUUUAAAUAACACAUUAUAACAGGGAUGACUUGUUAAACCCCGUGGGUACAGAAAACAUCACAUUUCUUCUUUAGAAGAAUAAAUGAAUACGGUUUAGUUUCCCUCUAGCUGCUGAGGCUGUUGGAAAGUUGAAGCUCAGUUGCUCUCAGGACUCCUUAAAAUCCUGGGCCAUUUACAGUCUUGGAACCUGAGACAGGGUUUGUGGUCUUCCACCCAUUGCGGCUGCCAGCAGAGAUUAUCCCUCUCCCUGUUCAGUCAUGGGGAUCAAUGCUGGGAGUCAGCUUCUCUUCAUGUCUUUUGUGGAAAUUUAAGCUCAUUGAAGUGUGUGUGUGUGUGUGUAUUUCAGAAGAGAGAGUCCUUGAGACAGGAAAGAUUGCUGCUGGUGGUACCACUUGAAGUAGGAGCCCAUGCAUGGCAGAGCUCUGAGGAGGUGGAAAGUGACAGGGCCUUGGAUGAGGGGGGAAGGAAGCUAGGCUCUGGGGAACCCCUCUGGGUGAAGAUCCCAAAGCCCCAAGCUUGGCAUUGACCACCCGAAAGCUGCCAGAUCUCAAGGAAUCAUAUAGAGUUGGACAAAGUUAUCUCAGCAGAAAAGACCAAGAUGGAUGUCAGAGGAGACUCUGAAACUUGCUCUUGAACGUCAAGCACAAAAACAAAAGGAAGAAAUGAUGAAGUAAAAGACCUGAACAGAAGAUCUCAAAGGUCAGCUCUAGAAGACAUAGUAAAGUAUAAUGACAUGUGCAAAGAGCUGAAGAUAGAAAACCAAAGGGAAGAACACGCUUGGAGUUUCUCAAGCUGAAAGAAGUGAAUUAAAGAUUCAAGCCUUGAGUUGCAAUAGUGAAGGAUUCUAUGGGGAAAAUAUUAAAUGACGCAGGAAGCAUCAAAAGCAGAUGGAAGGAAUACACAGAGUCAUUAUACAAAAAGAAUUAGUCAAAGUUCAACCAUUUCAAGAGGUGGCAUAUGAUCAGGAACCGAUGGUCCUGAAGGAAGAAAUCCAAGCUGCAAUGAAGGCAUUGGCAAAAAACAAGGCUGCAGGAACUGGUGGAAUAUCAGUUGAGCUGAUAGUGCUCACUCGUCUAUGCCAAGAAACUUGGAAGACAGCUACCUGGCCAACCAACUGGAAGAGAUCCAUAUUUAUGCCUAUUCCAAAGAAAGGUGACCCAACCGAAUGCAAAAUUAUCAAACAAUUUCAUUCAUAUCACAAGUAAGCAAAAUUUGGCUGAAGAUCAUUCAAAAGCAGCUGCAGCAGUAUAUCGACAGGGAUCUGCCAGAAAUUCAGGCCUUACUCAGGAGAGGGCGUGGAGCCAGGGACUGCUGAUGUCAGAUGGAUCCUGGCUCAAAGCAGAGAAUACCAGAAGGAUGUUUACCUGGGUUUUAUUGACUAUGCAAAGGCAUUCGACUGUGUGGAUCAUAACAAACUAUGGAUAACACUGCGAAGAAUGGGAAUUCCAGAACACUUAAUUGUGCUCAUGAGGAACCUUUACAUAGAUCAAGAGGCAGUUGUUCGGACAGAACAAGGGCAUACUAAGUGGUUUAAAGUCAGAAAAGUUGUACAUCAGGGUUGUAUCUUUUCACCAUACCUAUUCAAUCUGUAUGCUGAGCAAAUAAUCUGAAAAUCUGGACUAUAUGAAGAAGAACGGGGCAUCAGGAUUGGAGGAAGACUCAUUAACAACCUGCAUUAUGCAGAUGAUACAACCUUGCUUGCUGAAAGUGAAGAGGACUUGGAGCACUUACUGAUGAAGAUCAAAGACCACAGCCUUCGGAAUGGAUUGCACCUCAACGUAAAGAAAACAAAAACCCUCACAACUGGACCAAUAAGCCACAUCAUGAUAAAUGGAGAAAAGAUUGAAGUCAAGAUUUCAUUUUCCUUGGAUCCACAAUCAAUACCCAUGGAAGCAGCAAUCAAGAAAUCAAAAGACCCAUUGCAUUGGGCAAAUCUGCUGCAAAAGGCCUCUUUAAAGUGUUGAAGAGCAAAGAUGUCACCUUGAAGACUAAGGUGCGCCUGACCCAAGCCGUGGUAUUUUCAAUAGCGUCAUAUGCAUGUGAAAGCUGGACAAUGUAUAAGACCGAAGAAGAAUUGACACCUUUGAAUUGUGGUGUUGGUGAAGAACAUUGAAUAUACCAUGGACUGCCAAAAGAACGAACAAAUCUGUCUUGGAAGAAGUACAACCAGAACGAUCCUUAGAAGCAAGGAUGGUGAGACCGCGUUUUACAUACUUUGGACAUAUUGUUAGGAGGGAUCAGUCCCUGGAGAAGGUCAUCAUGCUUGGUAAAGUACAGGGUCAGCAGAAAAGAGGAAAACCCUCAACAAGAUGUGUUGACACAGUGGCUGCAACAAUGGGCUCAAGCAUAACAGUGAUUGUAAGGAUGGCGCAGGACAGGGCAGUGUUUCGCUCUGUGGUACAUAGGAUCGCUACGAGUAGGAACUGACUCAAUAGUACCUAACAACAACAUCUCAGCAGUAACCAGUGUAGAGAGUGUCUGAAAAUAUUUGUAGCUCAACUGAUGCCUCAAGAGAGAAGUCCAUUCCCCCGGAGCACUGGCCCACAGAAAUGUGAUGCUAUCAACUCUCAAAGUUAAAAAGUGUCAGGAGUCAAUUUAUUGCUUGUCAGGCGAUCUCUGGUCCACCUCAGACUCUUCUGCCAGAGUUUUAUCAAAUAAGGCGGCAAGGCAACUUCUCCUAUGAGGCUGCUGUUGUUGUUGUUAGGUGCCGUUGAGUCAGUUCUGACUCAGAGCGACCCUAUAGAACAGUG